CUGCGGGCAUCCUUCGAGAGCGAGCCACCGGGUUUCUCAGUCAAGCUGGGACAACAAUUGCUGGGCUGUUCUGCUGUUUGUCUUUUCCAUUUUCUGCUAAAUAAAUCCUCUGGAGCAUUGUGGGGAUCAUGAAGGAAAGGAGAAAUACACAACCGCUGGUGGUGAGAUGUAAACUGGUUCUUGUGGGAGACGUUCAAUGCGGAAAAACGGCGAUGUUGCAAGUCCUGGCGAAGGAUUGUUAUCCAGAGACCUACGUGCCCACGGUAUUUGAAAACUACACAGCCUGUCUGGAACUGGAAGAGCAGCGAGUGGAGCUCAGUCUGUGGGACACUUCAGGUUCUCCGUACUAUGAUAAUGUGAGGCCCCUGUGCUACAGCGACUCAGAUGCAGUUUUGCUGUGUUUUGACAUCAGCCGCCCAGAUACUGUGGACAGCAGUCUGAAGAAGUGGAAAACUGAAAUUCUGGACUUCUGUCCAAGCACACGUAUUUUACUCAUCGGCUGUAAGACUGACCUUCGCACAGAUGUCUGCACACUGAUGGAGCUGUCCAAUCAGAAGCAGACUCCAAUCACCUAUGAACAGGGUUCUGCUAUGGCUAAGCAGCUGGGUGCAGAGGCUUAUCUCGAGUGCUCGGCGUUCACCUCGGAGAAGAGCAUUCACAGCGUAUUCCGCACCGCUGCAAUGGCCUGCAUCAACAAGCUGCAGCCUCUCCCAAAGCCCAGCCCCACCCGACGCCUCUCCAAAAGACUUCUCCACCUGCCCAGCAAGUCAGAUUUGAUCUCCACCACCUUCAAGAAGGAGAAGGCCAAGAGCUGCUCGGUAAUGUGAGUGGAGACCUCUUGGGUUACAGUCCUCACAUUAAACCCAGAUCCCCUGCCUCUUUGGUCUCGGGGAAGGGGGGGUGGGCACGAUGGUUUUAUCAGGGUUACCUGCUGAAUCCUUCCCUCACCCCCCCAAGAAACCAAACACCACUCAGAAGAGGUGGACACCUCGCUGUCCACUUGCUCCUGAACCUUUUAGUGCACCUCCAUCCUUUUCCACUGUUUAUUUUUUGUUUUGUUUUUUUGUGUUUGCUUUCAAACAAACAAUAUCAGUCGAGGUUUGAUCACCAAGCUACCAUUUUAUUAUCACCUGUGAACAGUAUGCAACUACAAUGGUGUUACAUCUGUCUAUUUUACUAUCUAUAGGCACAUGUUGAUUUUGUCCGAAAUGGAAAUGUGCAACGUGUGACGUUUAAUCUUGUGAUGUAAAUGCCUCUCGGAAAAUUCAGUGGAUAUUUUUUUUAACUCAAAAAAUAAAUCUAGCAUGAAACCAUCAGGAAAUAGCAAAAUCCUGUACAUCCCUCUUAGUAAGGUGUGUGAGGUGUGAAAUGGCGUGUCACUGGUUUCCCCAUUUACUGGAAGUACAUAGAAUAGAUGUACAGGGAGCAAUGGGACAAACCGUGAGAGCUAUUACAUAGAGAGAUGUUCUUAUUGUCUCAGCGGUGAUGACAGCAGGGAUGAGAGCGGUGAGCACAGGCUGCUGUGCUUACAGCAGUCUAGACUACGUCAGCCUGCACGGAUUCUUGAUGCAUGGCUGUGUAGCUCUGGACAGUGUUGCUCUGCAAGCUUUCAGUGGAAUAACUGGAAGAUGCUGAAGAGGCUCCGUGUAAACAAAACGACUGCAGAAAUGCGGAAAGGACACAAAAUAUAAGCAGAAGUUUAGCCGGACUUCCAGGGUGUCUUUUAUCACUGCUGGAGUCUGGUGGGAUAGACACAUUUAAUUGCUCUUGUGGUGACCAGGAGCUUAACCACAGUCGGUUCAAUGUUGAGCUUAGCUUAGCUUAGCCUGUUGUUUAUGGAACCGUGGCUGGUUAUCGAUACGAGUUAAAGCGUUAGGAGGCAUAUCUAAAAAGAAUAAGAUCACUCCUACAUGGAAGUCAGACUGACCGGAAAUGGUUUGUAUUUUCAGACACUCUUCAGAAAAAAAUUUGUAGCAUUGCAUUGUUGACAGUUUUUCAACAAUUCUCAAAUGGUAUGCAGUUUUGAAAAAAAAAAUGCCUUUCAUAUUGAGUUCCCAGAAGUCAAUGAGAUUUUUGAAUACUGUAAUUACUGUAAUAUGCCUGUGGAUUCCUCACAUUUGCAUCAAUGCAAUGUAGCACCCCUCAACCUGAUUCAAUUCUUCCAAAAUGACUGAUUUUUGUUUUUCACACACUUGUAAAAUCUGUUCACAUCCAAUAAGCAGCACUUACUGUAGGUUACAUUGCCAAAAAAAAAAAAACAAAGGGAAAAAUCAGACGCUUUUCUGAGCUUAAAUCUUAGGCUUCAUGGUUAUGUGUGUGUGCGCAGCAUUGAUCUCCGUGCUUCUAACCAUAAAGCAAUAACGAUUUAAGUGCUUUGUGAUGCAAAAGUAACCUGCGUGGCAAUAACAACGCAGCUUUGUGAUUACUGUCAUGCUAUAAGUGCUCCAUGGAUCGACAUGUUAGAGAUUGAAACAAUCUCCGCUGUACAAAAGGCUGCUGAUAGGGCCCCUCCUUCCCCCUGUGUAAGUAGUGACCGGUAUAUAGAAAACCAAGGACAGCGUUUGUGCUAUGAACUAGAUCAGAGUAUUCCAAACAAGAAGGAACAACAUGCUAUUUGAGUUGUUGCUGUCAGCUCAACAUAAUCAUAAUAAAAAGUAUUGAGGCAGUAUGCCUCAAAUGAAUUGUUGUAUUUGUUUUCUCAAAUUGGAACUAUACAUUAAAGUCUAGCAAUUAUUCAUCAAGGGCUAGUGUGUGUGGGGGGGGGGGUGUAACGUGGGACUAAGGAGAACAAGUGAUCAAACUGCACAGGCUGGCCCUGUCCAAAGAAAGCUAUUUUUCCAUUCUUUGUGUGUGUGCGCGCGUGUGCGUGUGUGUAUAUUUUUAUGUAUUUAAUGGCAUGAUGUGAGUCGCCGUGUUGUUUUUGAGAUUUUUCUGAAAUGGCUGCUGUGUCUGUACGGAGCUGUGGACUGCCCCUGGUAGUUGGAGGAACUUAAAGUGGUGAUUUGCACAAAGGCUUCCAGUUCAUGGUCACACACCAAAUUCCUCAGCAUUGCCUAGCAACAAUUCAGCUCAGAAACACAGAGACUGGCUCUUGGGUUGGUUGUGUGGACAGAUAGGGUUAGCUCACAAGCAGACAUCCCCACAUCCAUUAUUACUGCAUCGUUUAAGCAUUUACUGCGUGUUUAAAAAAAAAAAACAAAAUAACAAAUUUAAAAAAAAAAAAAAUCUUGAUAUUUUUCUCUGGGUUUUUCUCUGCCAGGCCUUCUGAUGAUGGUUUACAUGGGCGGCUCAAUGACCAUGUCAGUUAAUAUGCAGCCUUUGUGUUGUAGUCAGUGUGUGGUAAAAAUGGUGCAGUCAAACUCCUAAGCAUGUCCUAUUAAAGUUGUAUGAUUGUACAUACCGUCUCUUGUUUUAUAGUCAUUGUACAGCAUCUUCGAGGGUGUCUGAUGGAAGUAUUGUUGCUGAUGUGAUUUAUUUAUUUGGUAGCUAUUUUGCUUUUUUUGUCUGUUUUGUUUUUUGAUUGACAUGUACAUUUGUUUGAAAUCUAUUUUGAAAAGUUGACUCUCUUUUUUUUCUUCUUCUUUAUUGCUGUGUUGAAUAAAGCUUGCCCUGUUUGGCAUCCUAAAUUCA